AUGUCUCCACCGAAGGAUUUUAGUGCUAAAUGUAUUCCUCCAAGAGAUUAUCAGGUUGAAUUACUUGAUCGUGCAAAAAUUCAAAACACGAUUAUUUCGCUCGGUACUGGUAGUGGAAAAACAUUUGUGGCGGUUCUUUUAAUAAAAGAAUAUUCUCAGAGGUUGUUACAUCAAAAUGAAAAAGCUGUGUUUUUGGUCAAUACUGUUGAACUUGUUGCCCAGCAAGCUGAGCACAUUGAAUUUCAUUCGAGUUUGUCUGUCGCCCGUAUUUCUGGUUCUACAAUUAAAAGAAAAUAUGAGAGAAAAGAAGUUGAGAAAAUUACUAGCAGCAAUCAGGCAAGUCAUGUAUUAUUAAAGUCUAGUAUAUUUUCUUGUUUUAAAGGUGAUUGUAAUUACAGCUCAAGUUUAUUCGAUUUCUCUUCUUUGGCCUUGUUGAUUGUUGAUGAAUGCCAUCAUUGCUUGGGAGAACUGCAUCCGUAUAGGCUGAUUAUGAAUCAUUACAAGAAACUGCAAGGUCAACGACCACGCGUUUUGGGCCUUACAGCUUCAAUUCUGAAUAAAAAAGUGCCAUCCUCUCGCAUUGAAUGCACUGCUCAGCUGUUAGAACAAAUAAUGGAUUCACAGAUAGAAACUUCCAGCAAUUAUACACAGAUAUGCAAAUAUGUUACAAAACCAAAGCAAUUUAUUGUUUGUACAAAGGAUGAUUGUACAAAUGAAAAAUUUGUAGUUGACUUAUUGGAACGUCUUCGUUCAUUUAUUGAAAAGAAUGAAGAUUUUCAUUCAGAACUUGAAGUUGAUCCACGUCGCAAAAUUUAUGAAGUUUUUACCAUAAAAUUAAAAUUUAUUUUUAUAAUUAAGACAAUCUCCCGUUCAUUUUCAACUCUUCAACAAGUUGGUAGCUGGGCAGCUCUAAAAGGUUUUAUCCUUUGGCAAAAGAAUUUACUUAAACAUGUUGAUGACCCGACAAUUGGCAAUAAACAAAAAUGUAUUUUAAGAAUGGCUGAGACUGCUUUUAGAACUUGUUCAAAAGUUUUAAGUCACAAAAUAAAUCCAUUAAACAGCUAUGACAAAUUGGGUAACGUAAAUAAAUCAUAUAUCAGUGACAGAGUGCGCAAAUUGUUGGAAAUAUUAAAAAGUUAUUCGCCCUCAAAACGUGAAUUGUCUGGAAUUAAAGAUACACUUUUUGGAUUGGUUUUUGUGAAAGAACGAUUUAUUGCUUUUAUGAUUAAUAAUUUACUUCGUUUUCUUGUAAAACAAAAUCCUGAAGAGUUUGGACAUUUAAAAGUGGACUUUAUUGUUGGACACACUGGAAAUUCUGAGACAGGAGAUGAGGAUAGGCGUUUGGUUAAUCGAAAACAGGAACGAACUCUUACACAAUUCCGGAAUGGGCAACUGAAUUUAUUGAUAACAACGAAUGUUUUAGAGGAAGGCAUUGAUCUGAGAAAUUGUAAUUUGGUUAUUCGAUUUGAUCCGCCGAUGGAUUUUCGGUCAUUUAUUCAAUCUAGCGGUCGUGCUCGAAGGGAAAAUAGCGCUUUUUAUAUACUUAUUGAAGAGAAAAAUUAUUUGGAUUUUAUGAUGGACUUAACAGGAUAUGCACAAGCAGAAGAGUUUGUUUUGCGACGUUAUCGUUCUGGCAAUGAUUUUACUUUGGAAGGAAAUGAUGAAACAAAAAUGAUACAACCACAUCUGGAUGAUGCUGUUGCUCCUUACGUUGUUACAACUGAAAAAGGGACAGCUAAAGUCUCAUUAAGUAAUGCUAUACAAUUGGUGAAUAGAUACUGUGCAAAAUUACCAUCUGAUAUUUUUACUCGGUUAGUCCCACGUUAUACGAUACAAACUUUAUCAGAAAAUGGGCAAACUUUGUAUAUUGCCGAAUUAUAUCUUCCAAUCAAUUCACCAAUAAAGGAGCCAAUAAAAUCUAAACCGAUGACUUCUAAAAGAUUAUCUUUAAUGGCAGUUGCUUUGGAGGCUUGCAAACGAUUACAUCAAAGAAAAGAAUUAAAUGACAAUCUUUUGCCUGCAGGAAAAGAUAUCUUGGAUGAUCUUUUAGGUGAAGUAGAUGAUGACGAAUAUCUGCCUCAUUUACCAAGCAGAAUGGGAUCCUCAAAGAAAAAACGUCUCUACGAUAGAAAAAUGUCGAAAACUCUUAAUUCUACAUUACCUUCGCAAGACAGUGAAUGCAUUCUUUACGUUAUGGAAAUGAAACUGGUUAAGCCCGUUACUGAUGAAGGAAAUCCAAAGAGGAGAAAAAUUAUUGAUCCGUUCGAAUCAAAUUCUGCAUUUGGAUUUUUGUCUUCGAAGGAGCUUCCGAAGGUUCCAGGAUUUCCAGUUUUUCAACGGAAUGGCGAAAUGCUUGUGCAAAUUCGAAAAGUAAAAAAUCAGCAAUUUCGUCCCACUUUUGAACUUUUACAACUUAUUUACCUCUUUCAUCAGCACAUCUUUGAAGAUAUUUUGCGUGUUGCCCGUGGUGGUGUUGUUUUUGCACCUGUAAGCACUGCCGAUUUGGAUUAUGAAAUUGACAAGUAUUACCUUAAUUGGAAUAUCCGUGAAUCUCCAACUACACCUUCAGAUGAAAUUAGAAAACAAUUUUCUUUUGGAGAAUCAAACUACUUAAAUGCUGUUGUUUCACCUUGGUAUCGUUCUGAAGAUCAGUCUGCUUUUUAUUACGUAGCUGAGAUAUUGACUGAUCAAUUUCCGUCUUCUUCAUUUCCUGAUGAAAAAUUUACUUGUUUCAAUCAAUACUUUAUGAGUAAGUAUCAAUUGGAGAUCUACAAUCAAAAACAAAAUUUACUUGAUGUUGACCAUACAUCUGCUAGAAUGAAUCUUUUAUUACCACGAGCAAUAACUGGAAAAUCAGCUACUCGUUCACUAGACCCAUCUCAACGUCAAAUUCUUGUUCCAGAAUUGGUACAUAUACAUCCUCUUUCUGCAACUCUUUGGUCAAUUAUUGUUACUCUUCCUACAAUUCUUUAUAGACUUAAUUCUUUACUGCUUGCUGAUGAAUUUCGUAGCAAAGUUCUUGAGGAUGCUUUGAAAAUUAAUUCACAAACACCCGACGAUUUUGAAUGGAGUCCUCUUCAAUAUGUCACUUUAAAUGAUGAUCUGACACAAAAAAGUAUAAAAAAUUUAGAUCAGUUGAGAAAAAUGAAUAAACAAGAGAAGGAAAAUGAAGUACCAAUGGAGCUUGAUAUUAUUGAAGAGAAUGUGAAUGAGACAGCAGCUACUGGAAUGAAUGAUUUCGAAAUCGGUGUUUGGGACCCUUCAGAUGGCGCACAAAUGUCUAACAAUGAUAAUACAUUGAGUGAACCUUCCCCAGUAAUUCACAAUGCACCUGUAAAUGGAUUAAUCCCUGGGCGGAGGAAUGGUCUCCGUGGAGUUAUAGCUGCUAGAGACGAGGAGCUCUCUGAAAUUAUUGCUGUCGGUAAUGAUACAACACUUCAUAAUUAUGGAGAUAUUUCUGAUGAUGAUGAUGUUGCAGCGGAAUAUGAUAAAUUUAAAUUUUUGAUGGACAAUAAAAUGACUACAAGUGAUAUUGGUGAUCUUGGUGAAAUGGAUGUUCGACCUGCUGGGUGGAAUGACGAUAGCAAUGCCAAUGUUAUCCAAAUUGAAAAUGAAAGUCUUCCAUUGCUUAAUCUAGAUUCGUUGAAUAACAUCGACCCUAAUGAUCAGUCGGUAAAAAGGCAAAAUGAAGAUAUUUUACCUGAGGAAGUUUUUUGGGGAAUGGAUGAAGCUGAGAUAGGAGAGAAUAUUAGCAGUGAAGAAACGAAUAAAAUCAUCCCAACAAAAAGUGCCGAUUCUAUUAGCCCUACGCGUGAUUUGAGAGAUCUUGAAAAACAAAACUUUAAAAUAAUGGCACCUGAACUUAAAUGGAUGCCUUUUUCUUUUAUGUGGAACUUACUUGAUCAGAAUCCCUAUGGUGUUUCACCAGCUCUACUGCUUCAAGCAUUGACAACUUCGAGUGCUGCGGAUGGAAUAAAUUUGGAAAGAUUAGAAACAAUUGGAGAUUCCUUUCUCAAAAUGGCUGUCACUAACUAUUUCUACUAUAAACACACUGAACAACAUGAAGGAAAGUUAAGCUAUGCUCGUUCUAAAGAAGUUUCGAAUUCUCAUCUUUUUUAUCUUGGACGACAACGAGGCAUCCCUCUUCUAAUAGAAACACUAAAAUUCGAUCCACAUGUUAACUGGCUUCCUCCUUGUUAUGCUUCUACUUCAGAAUUUCAUGCUGUCAAUCCUUUUGAUUAUACAGAUUUAGAUGAAGAUCAACGUGAAGUGCCAAUGGAGGGUGUUGAUACUAAUGAAACUGUAGAUCAACAGCAAAAGAUUAAUAAAGAAGCAAUAACAACUGGGUGGGGUACUCUGGACGAUGAUAAACAGAAUUAUAAACGUGAAAAUGGAGUAGAAACUUUAACUUUUCCUCAACCAACAAAAUCAGAAAUUCCAGACUUACCUCCAAUGCCAUAUAAUAUGCUAACUCAACAAUGGAUAAGUGACAAAUCAAUUGCUGAUGCGGUAGAGGCAUUGAUUGGAGCACAUUUAAUUCAACUUGGACAAUCAGCUACUCUCAAAUUUAUGAAUUGGUUGGGAAUUAAGGUUCUAACUGAUAUUUCUUCAUUGCCCUCACCACUUCUUCGUUUCAUUGACACACCUGAAGAUCCUAAUCUUUCACUCAAACAUCUUGCCCUUCUUUAUGAGAAAUUUGAUUUUGCCACUGUUGAGAACAAUAUUGGUUAUAAAUUUGCAAAUAAGGCAUAUUUAGUUCAAGCAUUUACUCACGCUUCAUAUUAUAACAAUCGAGUAACCGGUUGUUACCAACGUUUGGAAUUUCUUGGCGAUGCUGUUUUAGAUUAUAUGAUAACUCGUUUUCUUUAUGAACACAAGAAGCAAUAUAGUCCGGGUGUUCUUACUGAUCUUCGCUCCGCUCUUGUCAAUAACACAAUUUUUGCUUCGCUUGCAGUUAAAUAUUCUUUCCACAAACAUUUUGUUAUGAUUUGUCCUCCACUUUAUCAAAUGGUCGAAAAGUUUGUUAAUUUCUGUAAACAAAAAGAUUUUCUUCAUUGCGCGAAUUUUGACGAUGAAAUAUUUAUGUUAACUGAAGAUGAAAUUGAUGAGGAAGACCUUUUAAGUGAAGAAGAUGUAGAGGUACCUAAAGCGAUGGGUGAUAUUUUUGAAUCAAUUGCUGGUGCUGUUUAUUUGGAUUGUGGAAUGGAUUUAGAUAUUGUUUGGCGUGUAUUUUAUAAUUUAAUGAGAGAUGUUAUACAAAAAUGUUGUGAAAAUCCACCACAAUCGCCUGUUAGAGAAUUAUUUGAGAGAAAGAAUUGUCGAGCUAAAUUCUCAAAAUUGGAACGAAAAUUAGAAACAGGCAAAGUUAGAGUUACUGUAACGGUUAAUGAUAAUCUCCAAUUUACUGGGAUGGGAAGGAGUUAUCGAAUUGCUAAAUGUACAGCUGCUAAACGAGCACUUCAACAUUUAAGAAAGUUAGAUGCCACAAAAACAGCAAAGAAUAAAUAA